AUCUCAAAUUUGAACCCCAAGAAACUCGAGGAGCUUCACCACAGCAAAACGCGACAUGAAAACAAAUAAAUAAAUAAAUACAGCUUACAUCAUGUGCAAAUAAUAAACAGCAAAAGCAACGCGUAUACUGUGGUCCAAUAAUAUGGUUAUUUCUCCCCACGUGUUUAUUUUUAGGGUGGAAUUCGCGUUUUGCUGCGCGCAUUCCACACCCACGAGCGCAGGUGUGCCUACCUGGCUGGUUCGAACACGGAAGUUUUUGGGAGCGUGACGAUUUUAGGGAGGGAGGUAGUCAGGCGUCCGCUGGUGUUUCAUUUUAGAAAAGAAGACUUAAGCCCGACGAAAAGCUGUACAGGCGCCGAGGGUUAACUGGUUUACCGCACCUCUGAAACCGGGUUCUCAGCCAGAGUCCGACCCGAUGGCAUCCGCCGGUCAGAUGGGUCCGAGCGCCCCGGCACCGUUGGCCGGAGGCGGGGAGAGUCCGCCGACGCUGAGCCCCUCCUCUGUCAAUCGCAUAUUGAUGGAGUUCUUGAUUUAUUUGGGGCGAGCUAUGGCCUUCUUCUACCCCGUGUAUCUGACGGGGUACCUGGGCUUUAGUGUCAGCUGGGUGCUGCUGUGCAUGAUGAUGUUCACUUGGUGGAAGAAAAAUCGCCAGUGGAAAGACGCGCGGAUCGGAUCGGCCAUAGACUUUGUGGACAACGAAAAGAACGUGAUCGACACGGAGCUGAAAAGUGCCUUACAGAUGGCAUCCUGGGUGCAAUUUACAGAGGUUGAGAAAGUCCACUGGGUUAAUAAGGUUCUGGAGCAGGCGUGGCCUUUCUUUGGGAUGUACAUGGAGAAGCUACUUAGAAAUAACAUCCAGGAGGCCGUCAGGCAGUCCAGCGGUGCGCUCAAAAUGUUCACUUUCACCAAGGUCCACUUCGGACAUGUACCUCUCAGGAUCACUGGAAUGAGAGCACUCACCCAUGAAGUGGACCAUAAGGAGGUGAUUCUGGACAUGAACAUAUGUUACAACAGUGACGUGGACAUUGACGCCGACGUCAAUCCGGCAAUCACAGCUGGGAUCAAAGGGCUUAAAUUCAAGGGGACACUGAGAGUCAUUUUAGAGCCUCUUAUUGGUCAGUCACCGCUGGUGGGAGGAGUCACUCUGUUUUUCAUUCGCCGCCCCACGCUAGAAAUCAACUGGACUGGCGCCACCAACCUUUUGGAUAGCCCUGGAUUUAGUUCGCUGUCUGAGGGAACCAUCAUGGACAUCAUCGCCUCUCUCAUGGUGUUACCCAACCGCAUGUGUAUCCCCCUCAUAGACCAGGUCAAAGUGGAUCAGAUGAGGUUCCCGCUUCCUCGUGGUGUGGUGAGGGUCAAUGUGCUGGAGGCCAGGAACCUGUUGGCUAAGGAUACAUACAUGAUGGGUUUGGUGAAAGGCAAAUCGGACCCCUAUGUGACACUCCGAGUCGGCAACUGCAAUUUCAAAAGCAAGACCAUCAAAGAGAAUUUGAACCCAAAAUGGAACGAAGCGUACGAGUUUGUGAUCCACGAGGCCCCAGGACAAGAGCUGGAGCUGGAGGUAUAUGACGAGGACACAGAUAAAGACGACUUCCUGGGAAGGUAUAACCUGGAUUUUGGAGUAGUGAAGAGUGAGAAAUCAAUGGAUAAGUGGUUUCCUCUGGAGGGGGUUAAUCACGGUGAAAUUCACCUCAAGCUCCAGUGGUUUUCCCUGCAGACUGACAUCAGACUGAUGAAGGAGUCGACCGGCGGCCACGCUUGCGCUAUGCUUGCAGUUUAUCUGGACAACGCCUCGAACCUACCAAAAGACCACAGUGAGAUGGCAGAGCACCAGAAACAUGGGAAGCACGCAAAGGGAACGCGGCUCACAAAGAAAACCGCCGGUCCAAACUCCCUUGUGGAAUUAUCCAUUGAUGACGAGGUUAAGAAAAGCAAGGUUGCCUAUGCGUCCAAAGAUCCGGUGUGGGAGGAGGGCUUCACCUUCUUUGUGCAUGAUGUCAAAAGACAGCAGCUCGUUGUUCAGGUCAAAGAGCCUGAAAAGAAGACUCUGCUUGGUGUUCUGAACGUGCCCCUGGACCGCCUCGUCAGAAUCUCUGACAUGACUCUAGACCAACGCUUCUCGCUGGAGCGCUCUGGAGCAAACAGCCAGAUCAAACUGAAGGCUACUCUCAGGAUUCUUGUCGCGGAGGAGCGACCACCCACCCCCUCUCCUCCCUCACAAACCAAACAACAAAUACCACAGACCAACCAAGGAGGGAGCACCUCUGUAUCCAGUCCCUCUGUCGCUGCAGCAUCCUCUCCAGCAGUCUCUUCCAACAGUACCCCUGCUUUCAAAGCCUCUUCUCCGACUCAAGCGACCUUUACACAGUACGGCUCGAAUGAGGAUUAUUUAGGCCGCAGACGUAACUCCUUCCUGGCUUCUGAAAACGGGAAGACCUCUGCUGCCGUAUCAAACAUGCGUCGGUUCGACUCUCACAGUCUGCUGUCAGAGAACUCCAUCGCUUCAUCUCGUUUUGACCUCUCAGACGGAGCCUCUUAUCCAGAGGCUAUUAGGAAAUACCAGGGUUCAUUUGGAAUGAUUAGCCUGACUGUACGCCAUGCUUCCCUGAGGAACAAACUCAUAGUCCUGGUUAAUUCCUGCAGCAACAUAUUCCCCUGCAGUGAGAAUGGGACAGACUCUUAUGUCCGUCUGUAUUUGCUCCCCGACCAAACCUGGAGACACCGCAAGAAGACGCAUACUAAGAGGAGGACGAUCGACCCUGUCUUCAACGAGAGGUUUGAGUUUGAUGUGUCACUUGCGGAAGCACAAACUAGAAAGUUAGACGUGUCAGUGAAAAAUGACAGGAUGUUCCACAUGCGCCAGAGGAAAGACAUUGGCAUGGUCGUCUUAGAUCUUUCACAGCUGGAUCUAGCCAAAGGCGUCACAGACUGGUACGAACUCACACUGCCUGGACUGAAGAAAUCCGUCUAGCAGGUGGAACCGUAACACUUCUGUUUGCAGCUUCAACAACGCCACUGCUUCCGAUCAGAGACACACGACGACGAUAAUGCUCCAAACUACAUUAUUACCUUGAAUACAGCAUCGAGUUGGCUCUGUUCUGUCUUGCAGAUAUUUAACGCUUAAACACUUUAACGCUAAACAUUAUUAAGCAUUUAUUUUCCAUGGGGGGAAAAAAAAAAAGUUUCAUCGUACAAUCGUUCUGUUUUUUAAGCAAUGUCUGUGUUUUGGAUGUUUUUUUUCUUGGCUGGUUUUUUGCCUUCAUCUGAGCCAAUGUUAUCAUAUUGUAUUUUUAUGUAAAUAUUUGUAUUUACAAUUUUUAUGUAAUAUGUACAUAUACGUAUAUGAGGGGAAAUAAAGUUUUUUAAAGUGC